AUGAAAACAUGCAUUCUCAUAUACAUUUUCAGUAUAAAUUAUUUAUUAAAAAUAUUUAUAUAUUGUGACUCUUCUCUCAAUAAAAACAAGGGAAAGCCACUUCCAUAUGACCAUCCAGAAAAUUUUGAAGUUACAAAAGAAUAUAAAAAUAAUUUAGAAGAAGAUGAUUUACAAAUUAAAAAAAAACAAUUGUUUAAGGAAGGAGAUAAAGAUAGUAUAGUUGUUGAGAAAACAGAAGAAAACAAGGAAUUAAAAAGAGAAAAUAAAGAAGAAAUAAAAGAAAAGAAAAAAGAACAAACAAAAGAGGAGAAUAAAGAAAAAUUGCAUGAAAAGAGUAAAGAAGAAAUAAAGGGAAAAAAUAAAGAUAUAAAUAGAGAAAAUAAAGAAGAAAUAAAAGGAGAAAAUAAAGAAGAAAUAAAAGAAAAUAAUAAAGAAAAAAUAAAAGAGAAGAGCAAAGAAGAAAUAGAAGGAGAAAAUAAAGAAUAUGUGGGUACUGAUAUCACAGAAAAAAGGAAUAUUGAAGCUGAAGAAAAUGAAAAAAAAAUUAAUGAAUAUAAUAAUAAUAAUAAAAACACAUCACAUAAAUCUAAAUCAAAAAAAAUAGAUGUUUCUAUCUAUGAACAAACUAUUUUAAAUACUUUAACUAAAUAUAAGGAAGAUAUGGAACUAUAUGAGGAAAAACUAAAAAAAAAUGAACUAAGUGAAUUUUAUGAUCUUAUAAUGAAAAGAAGAAAUCUUUUAAGCAUAAAUUAUAAAAAUGAGUACUUAUUAAAAAUAAACUAUGGUAAAGGAUAUAAUUUUCCCCUGCAUAAUCUAAACGUAGUUAACGAGGAAAAAAUGAAAGAAAAGUUUUAUUCAAAUUUUACAUAUAUAAGAGAUGAAGAUAAUUCAACCUUAGAAACAUUAUCAUAUUAUUCUAAUUUAAGUAGCAUAGAUAUAGAUCCCACUAUAUUUAAAGAAUAUUAUAUGAAAUCAGAUCAAUGUAAAGAAUAUUUGCCAUUGAAAAGUUCAUUUAUUGAAAAAAUAUGUUUUGUCGCAAAUUAUAUAAAAAAAAAUCCAUACAUUGUAAAAGUAAAUACUAAAAGUAAAAAACCUCUUUUAUAUCGUAUGUUUUUAAAAAUAAUAAAAGCAUUUAAAAAGUUAUCUGCAAAACAUUGUAUUAAAAAUGUAGAAGAAUCCAAUCUUCUUGAUGUACUUUUCAUUUUUAAUGAAGAACUUAUUAAAGAAUCAAAAAAGGAACUUAAUUUAGGAAAGUGUAUAAAUAAUAUAAUUACAAGAAACAAAGAAUGGUAUGAAGUAUUUAACUUUCUUGCUUCUAUUAUAUUCGGUUGUUCAUCAUAUGUAAAAGAACAUUAUUAUUUAAAUGUAGAAGAAAAAAAUGAAAUAUAUACUAAACAAAAAUUAAUAGAUUUACCAAUAUUUGAUUAUCUUAAUCAAGAUAAAGUUGACUUUUUUUUACCAUAUAAUUUAGGGACAAAAGUUGAUAUAGACUUAUACAAGGAUGUUUCUGAUCCUCCUCCAUACAAAAGAGCAAUUUUUAAAACCUGGUAUGUAUGCUAUUUGUUUAUUCAUAAAGUAUAUGUUUUAAGUAAAAUGUGGAAUUUAUUAAAACACUGGAAAGCAGCAAAAUAUGUACCUAAACCAUGGUUUAUACAACAUGUAGGAAGUAGUAUUAUUCCUCAUAUAAUUAGUUUGUAUGAUAAAAAAAAAAAUAGAUAUAUAUAUUUUAGAUAUCUUGACGAAAACCAGUUUUUCAUACAUUUUAAAAGAAGUAAAAAAUAUCCACUACCAAAUUUUGAUAAACAAAAUUAUGAUAUCAUUGAAAAUAUAAUUGCUUUUCAAGGAACAUCAAGUCCAUCUAUGUGGAUUUUUAAUUUGAUAUAUGAAUUGUCUCCAUAUGAUAUAUUAAGUAAAGGAAAAAUGCAUAAAGGAUAUAUAUUUAUAUUUGAAAAGGCUGUUAAACCAUAUUUAGAUGUUUUAAAAGAAAGUAUACAAGAUGAAAUUAAUGACAGUUCUAAGUACACAAGUGAAAAUCCAUAUACUCUUGUUUUUACUGGACAUUCAUUUGGUGCAGCUAUGGCUCAGCUAAGUGCAUUUUAUAUGUCCAAAGUUAUGGAUGUAAAAAAUAAUAGCACUUUAAAAAUAUAUGCUAUUACAUUUGGAUUACCAACUUUUUAUGAUGUUGAAUUUUCCAAUGAUUUUCGUAAUAGUGGAGCCAUUAUUAAUAACAUUAAUGUUAAUUAUGAUCCAGUACAUGCAGCUAUGGCAAUUCCAGAAAUAAAUAAUUUCCAUAACCCUGAUGAAAAUAACAAUGUAAUGAUAACUUUUAAUGUUGAAGAUUUAAAACACUUAAAUUAUGAUUUUGGUAAUAAUACCUUUUAUGGAGAUGAAAUUUUUAAUUCAAAAAAUCAUCAUAAUCAUACUAUGACGCACUUCGUUACUAAAUACGUUUUCAAAAAAAACAUUUUCUUAGAUUUGAGAGAACUACACAUUUCUCAAACGCACUAUUUUUUUUAUUAUGUAUUUUUAACACUUUUAUCAGGAUGGGCAAAUGAAGCAGAUUGGGGUACGUAUUUUAUGGUAACAUAUUUCUUAUAUGACAUUUCUAAUUAUUUUCACAAUGAGUUGAUGAAUAAGUCAAAAGAAUCAUAUAAAAAAUAUAAAGAACAUAUAAUGAAAAAAAAAUUACAAAGUAUUAAAGGUAAGUCCAAAAAAAAAAAUUAG